AUGCGGAACUUACCAAUACCUUCAUUGUUGAUUGAAGUAUUAUUUAAUCCAGAGAAAUUAAAAGAACUAGUGUCAAAAGAUCCAACCGAUUCUUUAAUUGAAAAAAUUGUACAGGAAUCACUUGAUUAUCAUACUCCAUAUUCCUCUUACAACAACAAUAGCAGUAAUCUUCACUACAAUACUAGUAAUAGUAAUAAUCAUCAAUAUCAACAUUCUAAUCAACCGCACUAUUAUAAUAAUCCAUAUCAACAACAACAACAACAACAACCAUAUAUAAAACCUCCUCCUGUAAACCUCUACUCACAAGCAUCAAGACAACAAAGAUUAUUGAUCCCUGGUGUUCCACCAAUGGGAAUUGAUCCAAUUAUCAUCGCUAAGGAACAUAAUUGGGAAUCAUUAAAUGAAUAUAAAAAAGCAGAGAUUGAACUUCGACAAUUAAAAUUACGAAAUUUUCAGAAAAAAGUUCGUCAAGACAUUCUCAAAUAUAAAAAUCAAGUCACUCUACUAGCAUCAUCAACAAAUCGUUCCAUUUACAAGAAAUUAAAAAAAAAAUCCAUGCGCGACUUAAAAUUAACUGAGAGACUAGAAAGGCAGCAACGUGAAGAUUAUCAAAAACAUCAAAAACAAAAACAUUACAGUUUCUUAAACAGAGUUUGUAAUCAUAGUCGCGAAGUAAUACAAUGGCAUCGUGCAAAUCAAUCUAAAAAAUUGAAAUUUGGUCGAGCUGUUCUAAAUUAUCAUGCUCAGAUCGAGAAAGAAGAGUUGAAAAAGAAUGAUCGUUUAUCAAAAGAACGUUUGAAAGCUUUGAAAAAUGACGACGAGGAGGCUUACUUGAAGCUUAUAGACAAAGCAAAGGAUACUAGAAUCGCUCAUCUACUGGAACAAACUAAUGCAUAUCUUGACUCUUUGGCACAUGCUGUUGUUGCACAACAACAUGAUGAGGUGCAUGAUAAUCCUUCUGUUAGAGGUGGGAUUGAACUGAUGGACAAAGAUGAUGACACAUUUGCAAUUAUGAAUGGUAAAAAAAUUGAUUAUUAUCAAGUUGCUCAUAGAAUUAAAGAAGAAACUAUCUCAUUAAUAACUUAUCUUAUAGAAAAGAAGAAUCAAAAUGGACCAUUUUUGAUUGUAGUUCCAUUAUCCACAUUAACAAAUUGGACAAUUGAAUUCGAAAAAUGGGCACCGUCGGUCAUAAAAUGUGUUUACAAGGGUACACCAUCUGCCCGUAAAGAACUACAAAAAGAAUACGUCAAGCAUAUAAAUUUCCAGGUCUUACUUACCACUUAUGAAUAUAUAAUUAAGGACAAGUCAGUUCUAGGGAAAGUGAAAUGGGUUUAUGUGAUUGUUGAUGAAGGUCAUCGUAUGAAAAAUGUCAAUUCUAAAUUGUCAAUGAUCUUGACCAAUAAUUAUCAAUGCCGUUAUCGAUUGAUUCUUACUGGAACACCGUUGCAAAAUAAUUUACCAGAGUUGUGGUCGCUGUUGAAUUUCAUAUUACCAAAAAUAUUUGAUUCUGUUAAAAGUUUUGAUGAAUGGUUCAACACUCCAUUUGCAAACACUGGCGGUCAGGACAAAAUAGCUUUGAACGAAGAAGAAUCGCUGCUUAUUAUUAGACGUCUACACAAGGUAUUGAGACCUUUCCUUUUACGAAGGUUGAAAAAAGACGUAGAAUCAGAAUUGCCUGAUAAAGUAGAAAGAGUGGUUAAGUGUAAAUUGUCCGCUUUACAAAUUAAAUUGUAUAUUCAAAUGAAAAAGCAAGGCGUUUUAUUUGUAAAUACUGGCGAAAUGGGAAAAACUGGUAUAAAGGGACUUAACAAUACCAUAAUGCAAUUAAGAAAAAUAUGUAAUCACCCAUUUGUUUUUGAUAAAGUGGAGAAAGAUUUAAAUCCACAAUAUCCAAUUUACAAUAAUGAUCUUUUAUAUCGUGUUUCUGGCAAAUUUGAAUUACUCAUAUCACAAAAAUCUAUCGAGGAAAGUAUAUUGGCCAGAGCACAGUAUAAACUUGAUAUUGAUGAUAAGGUUAUACAGGCUGGUAAAUUUGACAAUAAGAGUACUGCCGAGGAACGUGAAGCUCUAUUACAAAUGUUGUUUAAACAGAUGGAUAUUGAAAGGAAUCAAAAAGAGGAAGAGGAAUGGCGAAAGAAGGGCGGAAAGGGCACCAAACCUGAAAGAUUGAUUCAGGAAAGUGAGUUGCCACCGAUAUACUUGAAAGAUUAUGAAAGUAUUAUGAGAGAUGAAGAAGAGACAACCACUUUGCUUGGUCGUGGUAAAAGAGCUAGAAUUGACGUUAGAUAUGAUGAUGGUUUGACAGAGAAACAAUGGAUGAAUUCACUUGAGGAUGAUGAAAUAGAUGAAAUGAAGAGACUUGAAACAAAAAGACGCCGUAAAGAAAAAAAGAGUCAUGAAAAAUCAUUAGAACAAGAACAAGACCAAUAA